AUGGUCAAAGAACUGAGGGGAAUGAAAACCGAGAGGAGGGUCAUCGAAGAGGUUUUCGGCUCUACCAAGCGACCCAACCUUUCCGGCCAAAAGACUAUCGUCGAAGGAGAAGAGGCGGUUAUUGGAGAAGAGUCAACGGGGCUCAGGCUUCUUGGCCUCCUUCUGCAAUGGGCAGAGUGCGUAGCUAUGGAUAAUCUCAACGACGCUACCGAUCUCUUGCCGGAGAUCUCCGAGUUAUCCUCUCCCUUCGGUUCUUCGCCUGAACGUGUUGGCGCGUACUUCGCCCACGCCUUACAGGCGCGCGUGAUAAGCUCCUGCCUCGGUACCUAUUCUCCUCUAACCACCAAAACAGUAACCUUAACUCAGUCGCACAGGAUCUUCAACGCUUUGCAAUCAUACAAUUCAAUCAGCCCCCUGGUCAAAUUCUCUCACUUUACCGCCAAUCAAGCUAUCUUCCAAGCGUUGGACGGCGAGGAUCGCGUCCACGUCAUCGAUCUCGACAUAAUGCAGGGUCUUCAAUGGCCUGGAUUGUUCCACAUACUGGCCUCUCGGUCCAGAAAGGUCCGAUCGAUGAGGAUAACCGGGUUCGGAUCCUCCUCCGAGUUGCUAGAGUCAACGGGGCGUCGACUCGCGGACUUCGCGAGCUCACUGGGACUUCCUUUCGAGUUCCAGCCGCUGGAGGGAAAAAUCGGGAACAUAGCGGAUCUGAGUCAACUCGGAGUGAGACCGAACGAGGCAGUAGUAGUUCACUGGAUGCAUCAUUGCUUGUACGACGUAACCGGGAGCGAUCUAGGGACGUUGAGACUUUUGGCUUUGCUGAGACCGAAGUUAAUCACGAUCGUCGAACAAGAUCUGAGCCACGGCGGGAGCUUCCUUGGGAGAUUCGUGGAAGCUUUGCAUUAUUACAGCGCUCUGUUCGACGCGCUGGGGGAUGGAUUAGGUGUGGACAGCGUAGAGAGGCAUACAGUGGAGCAGCAGCUUUUUGGGUGUGAGAUUAGGAACAUCGUGGCAGUGGGUGGGCCCAAGAGAACCGGAGAGGUGAAAGUGGAGAGAUGGGGAGAUGAGUUGAUAAGGGUCGGGUUUCGACCCGUUUCACUUGGUGGGAAUCCGGCCGCCCAAGCCAGCUUAUUGCUGGGGAUGUUUCCGUGGAAAGGGUACACGUUGGUGGAGGAAAACGGGUGCUUGAAGUUGGGAUGGAAGGAUUUGUCGCUGUUGACGGCCUCUGCCUGGCAGCCGUCCGAUUAAAUUACUACAUCAGCGAUCACGGAGAUUAUGAUAUGGGAGCAGAAGAAGAAGAAGAAGAAGAAGAAAGAAAGAAAGAAAGAAAAGGUGCUGUUUUUAUUUCUGUUGCAUCAAAUUUUUUGGAAGAAAGGAAAAGAAAAAGAAAGAAAAAAGAAAGAAAAGAAAGGAAUUAUUAUUGAUAGGAAUUGCUAAAAGCUUGGAGGUAGUUCAUGUCUUCCAUGAAUUGUGUAAAUGCUGGAAGGAUCAAGUCCAAAGUCAACUGGGAAUUUUUCAUUUUUUGUUA